CUACUGCACCAGAAAGCCACGUCCCAUGAAGAAGAGCCACAGUUGCUUGGCCGUCUUAGCUGCGUUCGUGUCUCACUGCAGCCUUGCCAAUUCUCCUUUCUUUUCCUCAGGUUGCGCCCCCUGUGCUGCCCGCGCUGCGCGGAGGGCCGGCGAGGCCGCCAUGACGACCGCCAUCUUGGAGCGCCUGAGCACGCUGUCGGUGAGCGGGCAGCAGCUGCGCCGCCUGCCCAAGAUCCUGGAGGACGGGCUGCCCAAGAUGCCUUGCACCGUCCCGGAAACGGAUGUGCCCCAGCUCUUCCGGGAGCCUUACAUCCGCACCGGCUACCGCCCCACAGGGCACGAGUGGCGCUACUACUUCUUCAGCCUCUUUCAGAAACACAAUGAGGUGGUCAACGUGUGGACCCACUUGCUGGCGGCCCUGGCCGUCCUCUUGCGAUUCUGGGCCUUUGCGGAGGCUGAGGCCUUGCCAUGGGCCUCUACCCACUCCCUGCCCCUGCUCCUCUUUAUCCUGUCUUCAAUCACUUACCUCACGUGCAGCCUUCUGGCCCACCUGUUGCAGUCCAAGUCUGAGCUCUCCCACUACACCUUCUACUUUGUGGACUAUGUUGGCGUGAGCGUCUACCAAUAUGGCAGUGCCUUGGCCCACUUCUUCUACAGCUCCGACCAGGCCUGGUACGAGCGGUUCUGGCUUUUUUUCUUGCCAGCAGCUGCCUUCUGUGGCUGGUUAUCUUGUGCUGGCUGUUGCUAUGCCAAGUAUCGUUACCGGAGGCCUUACCCUGUCAUGAGGAAGAUCUGUCAAGUGGUGCCGGCAGGGCUGGCCUUCAUCCUAGACAUCAGCCCUGUGGCACACCGUGUGGCACUCUGCCACCUGGCUGGCUGCCAGGAGCAGGCCGCCUGGUACCACACCCUCCAGAUCCUCUUCUUUUUGGUUAGCGCCUACUUCUUCUCCUGUCCCGUGCCUGAGAAGUACUUUCCGGGUUCCUGUGACAUUGUGGGCCACGGGCAUCAGAUCUUCCAUGCCUUUCUGUCUAUCUGCACGCUCUCCCAGCUGGAGGCCAUACUCCUGGACUACCAGGGGCGGCAGGAGAUUUUCCUGCAGCGCCAUGGUCCUAUGUCCGUCUACACGGCCUGCCUCUCCUUCUUCUUCUUGGCCGCCUGCAGUGCUGCCACCGCAGCCCUCCUGAGGCACAAGGUCAAGGCCAGACUGACCAAGAAAGAUUCCUGAGACUGUCAGAAAUCAUGCAGUACCAUUUUCGUCCAGCAGAGAGAGGGAGAACACCAAAAUCACCGCAGAAAUAAUCCUGGACACAAGCUCACACAGCUUUUUGUUA